AUGGAAGUCUCGUCAGAGAACUUCUGGCGGCAGCUGCCGAAUAUUCUGCUGUCCAUCGCGAAGUCCGACUUCGUUGCCAUCGAUCUCGAGAUGACCGGCAUCACGGACAAGAGCUCGGCAGACCACUCAGAAAACCCAACCAACCAGCAAAUCUAUGAAUCGGCCAAGAAGAUUGCAUCCAAGUUCAACGUCUUUGAGAUGGGGAUGACGUGUAUCCAAAGCCAGUCAGACGGCUCAUACAAAACCGAGACCUAUAGUUUCACUGUCAGCCCCUACCUGCACACAGAAACGCGAGCUGAUGAAAAGUUCGUCAAAGGCUUGGAUAGGAGCCUUUCUGUAUCAUACAACACUCUCAAGUUUCUUCGAUCGGAAGGCAUCCGGCUGGAGAAGGUCUAUGAGGACUGCGUUCCGUACCUCAGCCGCGAAGAGGCACGCUUGGCAGUUCGACAGAUGCAGCGCCGACAAGAUCCUUGGGACGCCAAAGAUCAUGGAUACAACGAGGACGACGAAGGUCUGACUAUUUUUUCCAUUUAUGCCCAUAACACGACUGUGAAUUGGCUUUACACCGAUCCAUGGAUGGUAUGUGGCACUGGUUCCUUUAUCCUCUAUCUACAAAAAUCCCUUCCUCUUAGAAUCUCGUUACUUUCUACUGAGUAUACUAAUCGCGACAUGGGACAGCGAACUCUAGAGAUCAAUGUCCUCUUACCCAACUCUGAUAGUAAGAAACGUAUGAGCGUCUACGAACAGAUCGUUUGUAGAAAGGCCCGAAAGCUUGUGCCACGAAUGGUUUGCCGUCUUUGGAAUCAUGGCACGACCGUGGUUAUCUCUCAGCGGGACGAUGGACAAGAAGCCAAGAGGCGUGAGUCUCUAGAGGACGAUCUCAACGCAUCGUUGAGGAAGUACGCAGCCCUUGUCGGCGGCAAGUUUGCCAACCUCAUUAACCCCGACCUCAUUGUCGAAGCCAUGUCUGGCUGGCCUGGCGAAGCACAAUGCUUUUGUCGUGAGGUGCAUGAGCUUGUUCAUCCCGCGGCACCAGAACAGUGGGAAGAAUCUCCAGAGGAAGAAGUCGAGGAUCGCUAUUGCUCCUGGUGUUGCACACAUCACGACCCUGACACAGGCUGCUCUAGCACGUCCUCAGGUCAGGACGUCGAAGUGGCAUUUCAAACAAACUUGAUCAGCAAAGACGAGUGCCUCUGUAUGAAGAAGCGGAACUUGUCCAGAAGCCGAGUUGGAGAUAAUGAGCUGAUGCCCUUGGUGUAUGAUGUUCAUUGCGAACGUUGCUACCCCGAUCUUGGCAGCAGCCGGCCUGGGAUCAACUCUUCCCCUCACCAUGACAUCCCUCCACAGGCCACACAUAUUCAAGGAGCUCAUUCGGCGAGCCACGAUGGAGAAUCCUCAAGCAGUUCGGAGGGAGUGGCAGGUGGCGAGUUUCGGGAGGGCGACACUGGUACUUGGCAUAUCACAGCUGAGACAGCCGGCUGGGAUGAGCCGACUGGUUGGGACAAACUGUGUCACGAUCUCGAGGAUUUAUCCACGGAAACACUCAAGAAUGAAGUAGCAGAUGCUCUUCAGGAGCUAGAAACUUUAGGCCGAACGUCUUCGCCAACCAUUAUCGGACACAACCAAUUCAUGGACCUUUUGUUCCUUUACAACACCUUCAUCGACGACCUCCCCGACAGCUUUUUGGAGUUUUUGGUAAAUAUUCACGAAUUGUUCCCACGCAUCGUGGACACGAAGCUGUUGGCCAUUAAGGACGACACGAUCGAGGGCGAAGACCCAUUGAUGGAUCUAUACAAUAGGUUCGAUGGCAACAGAACGCAGCCAAGCAUCCAUUGGGAUGCAGCUUAUGGCUAUGGCCGUCGUGGAACAGCCCAUCAGGCUGGCUUCGAUAGCCACAUGACGGCAGUUGUGUUUCUGCGAAUUGCCCACAAACUCGCCCGCGAGGAAUCGGCUAGGCUCGAGGGCCGAGCCGCGUCAUACGAGAGCAAAGAAUGGAGAUUGUAUGACAGAGAAUGGCUAUCAGCAGUUGGAUACGAUUCACAAUUCCUGGGCUAUUCGCAAGACUCGGACAUUGGCACAUGGAGAGAGUCCAACACCCAGGAAGGGUACGUGGGUCGGAUUCGGUGGCAGAUGGCCAUAUUCGACGACAUUCGCGACCGAAUUCGGAUCGCCCCCCGCAAGACAUUUAAUAUCGGGCCCGAAUGGUGA